GUCCCAGCCCCGGAGGAGGGACCCGGAAGCAGAAGCGGAGCCGCGAGUCGAGCCGAGCCGCUGCCCCCGCUGCCCGCCGGCGCCGGGUGGGGGUCCCGGCGGCUGGAUGGGCAGCGGCGGCGCGGGCCGCGGGCGGCGAUGGGCGAGGAGCAGAGCACGGUGAGCGGCGGCGGGCCGCAGGAGGCGCGGGCCCCCGCCGGCGGCGCCACGGGCCACCCCGAGCCCCCGAGGCCGCGGGGGGACAGCGCCGGGGCGCCGGGGCCGCACGCCGCCUCCGCCGAGCCGAGCGGCGGUGGCUGCGGAAGCGACUCGGGCUGCGCGGACACCAGCGCCCCGGAGCCCGCGGGGAGCCGGGGGGGCCCGGACGGGAGGAAGAGCCGAGCGCCGGGGCAGCCCGCGGGACUGGCACUUACCGGGCCCCUCAACCCCCAGACUUUGCAGCAGCAGCUGGAAGAGAAGGAGGAAGCAGGGGGCCGAGACGAGGGAGGGCAUGAACAGCAGGACGUGCCCCUGGGCGAAGAGCCGGAGCCCAGGACCCGCGUCGGGGCCGCGGACGAACUGGUCUUGGACGUGCUGGGUCAGCGGCGCCCAAUCCCCGCCAAGAGACAAGUCUUCUGCUCCGUGUUCUGCGUGGAGAACGACCUGCCCGAGGCCCCCACCGCGGAGCAGCCCUCGCCACCCGCAUCUUCACCUCGGGCUCCGCCGGUGACGAACGUUCCCAGCACCCCCACCUCCUUUCCCAGCCCCCGGCUGUCCCUCCCGACGGACCCCUUGUCCCCCGACGGCGGCAGCAUCGAGCUGGAGUUCUACCUGGCGCCCGAGCCAUUCUCCGUGCCCAGCCUGUUGGGAGCUCCACCCUACUCUGACCUGGGUGGGGUAGGGGAUCCCUAUGUGCCCCUCAUGGUGCUGAUGUGCCGGGUGUGCCUGGAAGACAAGCCCAUCAAGCCCUUGCCCUGCUGCAAGAAGGCCGUGUGCGAGGAGUGCCUCAAAGUCUACCUGAGCUCCCAGGUACAGCUUGGCCAAGUAGAAAUCAAAUGCCCUAUCACAGAAUGUUUUGAAUUCCUGGAAGAAAGAACGAUUACCUAUAACUUAACACAUGAAGAUUCCAUCAAAUAUAAGUACUUCUUGGAACUUGGCCGUAUUGAUUCCAGCACCAAGCCUUGUCCUCAGUGCAAGCACUUUACAACCUUCAAGAAAAAAGGACAUAUUCCCACCCCUUCCAGAUCAGAAAGCAAAUACAAAAUCCAGUGCCCCACUUGCCAAUUCGUCUGGUGUUUUAAGUGCCACUCUCCUUGGCAUGAAGGUGUUAACUGCAAGGAGUACAAAAAAGGGGACAAGUUGUUGCGUCACUGGGCCAGUGAAAUCGAGCAUGGGCAGAGGAAUGCCCAGAAGUGUCCAAAGUGCAAGAUCCACAUCCAGAGAACUGAAGGAUGUGACCAUAUGACCUGCUCACAAUGUAACACUAAUUUUUGUUACCGAUGUGGGGAAAGAUACCGCCAGCUCCGGUUCUUUGGAGACCACACUUCAAACCUCAGUAUAUUUGGAUGCAAAUAUCGCUACCUCCCAGAGAGACCUCAUCUAAGGAGAUUAGUGCGAGGGUCGGUCUGUGCUGGAAAAUUAUUCGUUGCACCUCUAAUCCUGGUCUUGGGAUUAGCACUAGGGGCCAUAGCAGUUGUAAUCGGUUUAUUUGUAUUUCCUAUCUAUUGCCUUUGUAAAAAACAGAGAAAACGAUCACGGACAGGAAUGCACUGGUAAAAUGCAGAAUGAUUUCCUGUAACUAAGCCGGUCUGGGUAGGAGCCACACAGAAUGGCACACCGUCUGAGAGUCACGUCUUGAAAAACACUGCGUCCAGUCUCCCUGUGGUUCUCUGCAGGCCACAAUGCCUCUAGCUCCGGUGCGCUCCCUACAUGGUAUCCUGUCCUUUCCUUAUACAGUUUGCUGCUGUUAAAAAAUGGUCACUUUCAUAGACUAUAAAUAUCUGUAACAUAACUCUGACAUUCUUACUGGUUCUUGGAAGAAAAUAUUUUAAUUAAGAGCCAGUUAUCCUCAGAAUUAUCUGAGCAUGCCUCUCCCGAGCACUGUUUGGACUGUCUUUGUACCUAACCCCCCUUCCAGGCCCUCUUCUGAGACUUGGUGUGAAUAGCGGAAGUCAUCCCACCUGUACCAAUAAGCAAGGCCACUUUUCAGAAGAUAAAGGCCGGCCAUAUGUACCUGUUUUUAUCUGUGGCCCAAGCAAUGUAAUUCCUUCAUCCUUCCGAUGCUAUAAUUGUUAAAAAUCUCAAUGCCCAAAAGGGAACAAAUGAAACGAAAUUAAUGAGAAGAAUCAUGGGUUGCUGAAGUGUAUAUGUGCAGGGGUGUGAAUGUGUGUGUAUAAUAAGUAUCUGUAUUAAAACUAGGUUCAGUUACCUUGUACUUGUCAAGUUCCAUGCCUCUACACUAUUUUUCCACAUUUUCAUAGACAUACUUAAAGAUAAUCGUUCCUUUGUGGGCAUAUUUUGGUAAUGUACUGAAUUAAAGUCAAUGUAGACAACA